GCUAAUACUCUCUAGUCCCUACUAUAGUUGUUACUCUUUCCAUUCACAUAUUAUUAUUACUAGAAAUUAUGAAUCUUCCUUCUUUUGCAUAUUAUCCACUUCACACUACUAUAUAAAUACCUCUUCUUCCACUCUUUCUUAACCACAUCCCACACUCUACUUAGCUCCUUAUCUUUACUACAACACAAAAAAAAAAAAAUUAUGGGGACUAGGCAUGACAAUAACGUUAUUGUGCUUGAAGUUGUAACCGCGGUCGUGGUUGCUCUUAUGUUGUGCACCACGGCCUAUGGUCUCGGGAACUUUAACACCGAUUUUGAACCCACAUUUGGUGGCCCGAGGGUUCGUGUAUCCGGUCCUGGUGGUCAACAACUUGCACUUACCCUAGAUAGGGGUUCAGGGUCCGGGUUUCGUUCUAAGAGGGAGUAUUUGUUUGGACGGAUUGAUAUGCAGAUGAAAUUUGUUUCUGGUAACUCUGCUGGCACGGUCACCACCUUAUAUUUGUCAUCUGAUCAAAGCACGGGAAGGCACGACGAGAUUGAUUUCGAGUUCUUAGGGAACGUUUCCGGCCAGCCAUACACCAUCCACACCAAUGUGUUUAGCCAAGGGCAAGGCAACAGGGAGCAACAAUUCCACCUAUGGUUUGACCCGUCUCUAAACUUCCAUACCUAUUCCAUUGUUUGGAAUCCAAAACUCAUCAUGUUCUUGGUUGACGAAACACCUUUAAGAAUAUUCAGAAACUACGAGAACAAAGGAAUAACGUUUUUCCCUAAAAUCCAACAACAAAGAAUAUACGCAAGUCUUUGGAAUGCCGACGAUUGGGCUACACAAGGCGGAUUGGUGAAGACAGAUUGGUCUAAGGCUCCCUUCACGGCCUACUAUCGCAACGUUAACAUCAAUACCGCGAGGAAUGGGAGAUGGAUGACCCAUGAUCUUGAUGCAAACAGCAGGAGGAAACUGAGAUGGGUUCAAAGAAACUACAUGAUCUACAAUUAUUGUACCGAUUGGAAGCGAUUCUCUCAAGCUUUUCCACCCGAGUGCAAGCACGGUUUCGAGUAGGGAAACAACUUUAAAUUGUUUGACAAAAGAUGCAUCGCCUUAAGUUUUUACACCAUUGUUAUUCAUGAUCUCUAUUGAUAUUGUUUGAAGUAACGUUUGUUUUAAUUCUUGAAAACUUACUAUAAAAAGCAUCAUUGUACGUGUGAUAUCGACCAAAAUGUAUACGUUUGCUAUUUUUAUAUCAAUAUAUUUAUUAUAAACUAA